UAAGAGCGGUGGGGUGUGGGCUCGUGAACUCAAAGGGAAACUGACGAGUCCAACUGUUUGGUUGGUACUUAAAAUACGAAUAGAUGGACUUCUAAACCAAACAUUGAAGGAUUGAGAAGACACUCGGCAGGAAGGCGGGGCUUGGGGACCUGGAUGCGGUCGUCAUGGUGAAGGAUGUUCCGAAAGGUCAAGAAGCGCCACAGCAGCAGCAGCUCGCAGAGCAGCGAGAUCAGCACCAAGAGCAAGUCUGUUGACUCCAGUUUUGGAGGACUCUCCAGAUCCAGCACGGUUGCCAGCCUCGACACAGAUUCCAACAAGAGCUCAGGGAACAGUACAUCCGAAACCUGUGCAGAAUUUCGGGUGAAGUAUGUGGGAUCAAUUGAGAACUUGGAGUUUGAGAUGAGCAGGAGCCUCCAGGAACCUCUGGAUCUCAUCAACUACAUAGACGCAGCUCAGCAAGAUGGAAAACUUCCUUUUGUUCCUGGAGAUGAGGAAAUGAUUCUGGGAGUGUCUAAGUAUGGAGUCAAAGUGGCCUCGCUGGACCAGUGUGAUGUGCUGCAUCGACACCCUCUCUACCUGAUCGUACGCAUGCUGUGCUACGAUGACGGCCUGGGCGCGGGGAAAAACCUCUUGGCUCUGAAAACCACUGACGCCAAACAAGAGGAGUGCAGCAUUUGGGUGUACCAGUGCAGCAGCUCGGAGCAGGCUCAGUCCAUCUGCAGGGUGCUGUCCACCUCUUUUGACUGCGCGCUGGUGUCCGACAAGUCUUGAGGAGCGAACGUCCAGCAAAAGCUGCUCAGGAGAAGCUGAAACGGCUGCAAAACUAGCAGCAGGUUUGCUGCCUUGUGGCUAAAACCCUUUUUCUCCCUGCCUUCUUUAAAGCAUUUUCAAACCAUCCUCCAUCUCAGACUGAGCUAAUGUGAACUUUUCUGCAUCUUUUUGAUGGAACUCAUGGGCUUGCAACACAAUUACUGGCUUUUUGGUGUCAUCUCUAGUGGGAUGGCAUGGUACUUAAUGUUACAUUUGUCUGGUUGAACUAUUUUAUAUAUAUUAUCAAACCUUUAUUUAGAUAAUUAAAAUGAUGUUCAGAAAAGAAUCUGCAUCGUAGACAGAUUUGACUGAUGUCCCCUCUUGGAGGAAGAGGAAGCCUCUCAGUCUUUUUCAGGCCAUUAUCUUUGUCUGUGUGUGUUUUGUGUUCUUAACAGUAGUGGUACAUGAACAGUCACUUUCUUACUGAAAAGAAUGUCACAAACGACCUUUAUCUGUCCAACACUCCUGUACGCUGCCAGUUUUUCUGGAUUUGUGUUUGACUUUUAAGGUGAGUUUCAACAUGAGCUAACCAAAUGCUUGAUGAUUUUUUUUCCUUUUUGUGAUUUUUUAAUAGCUUUUCUGACAUCCUGUACAUCCUAAUAAGUUGUUUGUAUAUAUUUGUUUACAGUCAUGCUUCUUACUUGACACCUUUUUAAAUAAUGUCUGGUUUCUACCAUCCGUUUGUGAUCUAGAUGUACAGAAAAAUAUGCAAACUUGUGUGUUUUGCUCCAUUAUAAAACAGGAAUGAUUCUGAAUAAACCAGAGGUAUAAAAAAAUCA